GUUUUGGCACACAAGCACAGUAAUGCUGCUCAGAAACCAUAUGAAAGUGUAAAAAAACCGCAAAUCCGCGCAAACCUUUAAAGAAAAAAAUGAUAUAAUACACAACAAGCUAUUUGUUUUAAUAGAAUGCAGCUGGACCACAGGGAUCUACCGAAGCCCCAUACAGAAGUGCAACAACUGCAAACUCUGCAUGGCAUGCCAGGCUGUCAGGCAGUGCUUUGCAACACUUCAAAAGACAAUCCCAACACAAGCCCAUGCUCCCUGUCUACAUGGAUCACCAGAACAGUCAGCGUGAGGCAGGCACUGGGGUUCCAGCUGCCAGGAGCUACUCUGCUGCCUAUGACAGCGCUACAUUGAGAAGAAAGGAGACCUAUUAAUAUCUGACUGAUCUGGAAAUUCCACCCCCAUUAUUUCAUGAGGGGAGCCCAGAGGAAUGCUUACUUAGCAGACACAGUGAGACACCAUGCACAGGUUCAGCAGGCAGCCAGCGAUCACUGCAGCCAGAGAGGACAGAAGCCUGAUACAGGGCUAGCUGCAGUCAGAGAUACACAGAGGCAGUGCUGAACAGUGCUGAAUGGAGCCCUCCAGCUGACAGAACCAUGUGGGAUUUAAGGGAACUGACACUUUGGCUAAGCUGAGAAGGCAUUGCAAUUUAUCAGCAGGAUGGUAACAGUGGCAGCUAAUAAGACCAAUGAAGACAGAGCAAAGCGAUGGAGGACACCACACCAGAGCCCGCCUUUGUAGAUGUGGACAAAGGAUUCACUUUAGCAGGACUGGUCUUUCUCUGCCUGUUCCUGAUUGCCAUGAUCAUCCGCUGUGCCAAAGUCAUCAUGGACCCCUACCGUGCCAUCCCGACCUCCACGUGGGAGGAGCAGUACCUGGAUGAUUAGAGCGGCUGAGACAUCACCAUGGAAACGGUUCCAUUGGGAUUUCUUUACUGAAACGUGGAACGCUGUAGCAUGCUGCUGUUGGAAAAGACUGAGUGAGGCUUUUUUUUUUGUUUUUUUAUGAGGAAAUGUGCCACAAAAUCCCUCACAUCAACCAAGAAAUUCCUUCAAUAGAAUAAAAACUGUGCUUGAACCUUUUAAUAAAACUUGGGAAAAGGGAGGAUACCACCUCCUAAACACGCCGGGCUCAACACACCUGUCAACCAAUCAGAGCUUCCCUGUUGCCGAGACUUCACUGUGGACCGACAAUCGCGCACUAAGAAAGCCAUCAUUGGUGUCUGUCAGUAGGUAUGGCUGCUUGUGCUGGCAUUUAAACAGUCAAACAUUUCAUACAUUAAGCAUUGAGAUAAACGUCUUCUCCGCCAGGGUCUUAUUUCAAUAAUAGACAUGUUAAAAAGCCAUUCAUAUUUACUAAAGCGUAGGGAAAUCUAAUUUGUAUACAUUUUUUUCUAAUUAUUGGAACUAACAGUAUAAUUUACUGAGGGGUUCUGGAACAGUAUGUUUACUGAACUAAACUAAAUACAGAAAGUGUAGACAUAGGUUUCCACUUGCUAUUUUAUGUGCUAACAAAGGAAAAGUGUCCUUUUUUAAUAUUACUGCUCGGAUCGAGGCACAUCACCACACAAUCGACUUGCCGUACUACUGUAAAGACUCAACUUCUAAGGCACAGGUUGCAUUUUCACAGUGGUUUAGCUAAGUGUGGUGCAAACCCUCUACUUGUUUGUCUGGUUAUGUUAAUGUCCCUAGUUUGAUUAGAUUCUUAUUAAUGUAUUCUAAAAUGCAUGUGAACAAGUGCCUCAGCUACAACCACAAAGAUUGUCUUGAGUAUUUUUUUCAUACUUUAUAAUGAAUAGUGCACUGGAACAAUAAAAAUACAGUAAAUAACCGCAGUAAAUAUACGGUAUGUCUGUUUGAUGUAAAAUAGUAUAAAGCUAAAAUUUAGCAAACUUAUUGUAAUAUUCUUAAUAAAGAAAAAUGUUGAAUUGGAUCUGCAUAUGUUUUAUUCA